ACAUCAAGAAGUCCAAGUCCUCCCGCUGCCAAUUAAAAUCAGCUGACUCCGCGCUCCACCGCGUUCACGGAAAGCGCGUUCGUCUCGUCUUUCGACGCCAAAAUUUCGACGGUUAGCAGCCCGCCAGCCUCUGGCCCUCCCUGUCGUCGUCGCGCUCCGUCCCCCGUCCCCCUUCUUGCCAACAAGUCUGCUGCCAUUCGUUCAUCCACGCCGGAAGGGAGCACAUUUUACACUCAUUAUUGGCAGCUUAUGACCAUUGCAUCUCGGUAUUGACCUGCCAAUUCUCGAAUCCACCAGAGGCGCGGCCCGGCAAACUUCACACGCCGCAAGGAGAGCCGAGAGCCCCUCGCCCACACUCCUGCUCUGAUCCAGAAGACCAGCGGAUACGCGACCAAUUUCGUAGUCGGUUGGUUAGUUUAGCAUAGUGCAGGACGGAAACAUGUCACGCAAUCUCCCGGGCCUUCGGACCAGCUCUCCUUCACUGCCAGGAACCCCAGGCACCAAGAGAACUCGGUUCGAAAUAGAGGACGAAGAUCUCGACGAGCUUGCCGUUAGCAUUCCUGAUUCCUCUCCCUACUUCACCCAACCCACACAAAUCGCCAACCCAACCACGCAACCUACCCAGAUUGCGAAUAGGACCACACAGCCCACUCAGGUCUUGAGCAGAGCUACACAGCCAACCCAGGUUGUCGAGAGGCGGACAACUCUGCAACGAUCGUCACCACCAAUACCUGAUACUCCGGGAAGCGUAAUCGAGGUUCCUGCCUCUUCGCCUUUUCAGGUUCACUCUCAGCAGAGAAGAUUGGCAGGUGCCAUGAAUUCCCAGUCUUCGAGAGCAGGGCUUGGUUCAGGCCCAGCAGGCAGCCGAAUAGCCUCCAUGAUGGCGCCCGCCGGCACUGCCUUUCGAGCUCCCGUCCCACUACCUCGUCGUCCUCAACCAGCCAUCAAGAAACAAUUCCUCAGCACCAUCAAUUCGGAUGAUGACCUGGCCAAUGAUUACAAGCACGACGAUAGCUCUGACGACGACGACAGCGGCCGGCCCAUGAGAAACGAAAUCCAACCAUCAACCUUCGUCAGGAAGCCGCAAUCGCCAGUACCGGUCGCGAAACCCAGGUAUCAGAUGGAGGACAAAGAUAUAGACCCGAACGAAAUCCCGAAUCUAAGACUGCGAUAUCUGACGAAGCAGGUGCACAAGUGCGUUAUAAAGAGCAAGCCUUCGAUCAUGUAUCGGCAAUGCCGAGACGAGUUGCAGAACAAUGGCAUGAGCAUGGAAUCUGCCACACAGACACUUCUGGGCGAGACACGCACAGUUCCGGCCGCUUCCACUGAUUCAAGAUCGGACUCACAAAACGCAUUGUCGCGGAGAACAAUCGGGAAUCACCAGCCCAAGAUCUACAAUCAAACAAAACUUCCCAUUCCACCAAAACCCCGAGCUGCUUCGAGCUCACCGCCACCUUCGCCUGAACUCGCUAAGAACGUCGCACCACGCAGGCGUUUGAUUAUGGGCCGCAAGAACCGCUCGCCUUCCCCCGACAAGGUUUUUUCCGUCUCGUCAUCGCAUGCAAGCUCAUCAGCGGCGACUUCACCCAAUAGGUCGUCGCCCGAAAAGAUGGCCGUCGCUGCAGUCAUUCCUGCUGAUUUCCAAUCGCAAAAUACUACCAGUCGACGAAGACUACUACUCCAGGGUUCCAAGAAGCUCCAACCAGUUAUGAGAUCUGAAGUCAUUACGAUUGAUUCGGAAUCGGACGGUGAUCUUCCUAGUCUCAAUAUGAUUGCAAACAGGAAGCGCAAAGCAGCUGCUGAAUCCUACGAAGUUAAGAAACGCGGCAGAUUAGUAACCCGUGGCGAGAAGCUUGUCAUCAAAGCUCGAAAAGAGCUCAAAAACGAGCUGGAAGUGGUCAAUCUCCCAGAUGACGAAGAAAGAUUUGUGAAUCAAGAUGACGAAUCAGAUGAAUCAGGUCGCGAUAUUCAAGUCCAUCAUGUUCGGAAGGAGCACAGUAGUGUUCUUCAGUAUCUCAACAAUUGUACGCCUGAAGCUCUCGCUCGUAUGACCGGAAGCUCGGUGAAGGACUCUCAGCUGGUUAUAUCCAAACGACCAUUCGAAAGCAUCACUGAGGUUGAGAAGAUUAAGACCAAGGGCACCAAGGCUAGGUCAAAGCAGGGCGAUAUUGGCUCUAAUAUGAUCGAUAAACUCAACACUUGGUUCAAUGCCUUCGAAGCAGUCACGACAGUCAUCAAGAACUGCGCCGAUAGAGGUCGCGAACUAGACUCCAUCAUGGCUAAGUGGGAGAUGGAUAGGACUGGUCGGAUGAAGGACGCCGAUGGUAAAUUCAGGCAGUUGCCUAUUCCCGAACGUCCCGCUCCUAUGGCUGAUGACAUCGAACUCAAAACGUACCAGCUAUUUGGUCUGAACUGGAUGAACCUUUUACAUAAGCUUGGAUAUAGCGCGAUCCUUGCAGAUGAUAUGGGUCUCGGAAAGACAUGCCAAGUCAUCUCAUUCGUCUCGCACCUUGUCCAAACCAAACCAAGUGCGAAACCUCAUGUCAUUGUCGUACCACCCAGUACCCUCGAAAACUGGGCUAAUGAGUUCAUGCGUUUCGCACCAGGCGUCAAGGUCCAUCUAUACCAGGGCAGCGACCGCAAGCAAUUCAGGCCCCGUGAUAUAGCUAGCGAGUAUGAUGUCGUUCUCACUUCUUAUUCGAUGGUGGAAAGGAAUUUCGAGGAUAUCCAGUGGCUUUCCAAGUUGGAUCCAUAUGCUGCCAUAUUUGACGAGGGCCACAAGCUCAAGAAUCCCAACACUCAAGUCUACAAGAACCUGUCUGUCCUCCCAUCAAAAUGGCGACUGGUCCUCACUGGUACCCCGGUCCAAAACAACUUAAAGGAGCUCCUCGGUUUGCUGAGCUUUGUGGAGCCUGGUCUUUUCGAAGACGGCACGAUGGAGCAGAUGCAGACGAUUUUCGAAACCAAGGUUCCGAACAAAGAAGUUCUGAACUUCGCUGCCCUAGCCAAGGAACGAGUCAGCAACGCGCGCACCAUUAUGGCUCCGUUCAUCUUGCAACGCCGAAAAGACGAGGUUCUCGGUCUGCCUAGGAGGGUUGAUGUUGUCACACAGAUCGAGCUGACUGGGAGCCAGAAGGUGCUCUAUGAGGAGAUCAAAAACAACUUCCUCGCAGGCAAGAGCAGGAGCAAAGCCACGAAAGACAGAGGCAACCUGUGGCAGCAGCUCCGCAAGGCAGCCAUCCACCCACAGCUGUUCAGACGACAUUUCACAGAUGAGAUAGUCACUGAGAUGACGGACAUUCUCUGGAAGAAGUGCUCAGAAAUCGAGCUCAAUGUCCAAAGCAAAGCGGAUCGACACAAAAUCAUGUACCGUGAUAGUCUGCUAAAUGAUUACGACUUCAGUUUGCAUCUCCUAUGCAAGGAAUUUCCCAAGUACAUUGGCAGAUUUGACGUUCCUGACCGAUCGUGGGAAGAGGCUCCUAAAGUCGAGGCCCUACUGAAAUUGGUGAGACAGUACCAAGCAAACGGGGACCGCUGUCUCGUCUUCUCAAGGUACGAGAUGGUUAUCGACAUACUUAGAGACACCAUGCAUUUCGCCGGCAUCAAAUACUGCGAGUUGACUGGCAGAUCCAAUGUUUCUGAGAGAUUUCCGGAAAUCGAACGUUUCAACAACAACCCGGAUAUUCCCGUCUUCCUCCUGACAACCGGAGCCGGUGGCACUGGCUUGAACUUGACUGCAGCGAACAAAAUCAUCCUGUUCGACCAGUCGGAUAACCCUCAAGACGACGUACAAGCUUCCAACCGAGCUCACCGAAUUGGUCAGACCCGCGAAGUUGAAGUCAUCCGGCUAGUCACCAAAAAGACCGUCGAGACCUUAAUCUAUAAUUCGUGCGUAAAGAAGCUGACGUUAGCUGCUUCUGUGGAGCGCGCUGUCGAGGAUGAGGAAAAUCUUGAGGAGGAAUGUCGCAAAAAGAUGCUUCUGGGUGAAGAAGAAGAAGUCGUUAUACCGCCUUCUCAAAUGGUGUCACUGUCGCAGGCGGCCGAGUAGAACGUGGAUCAGUCUGUGAUCG